UCCGGUCUGUGGUUGGCGCCGAGUAUGACGUCGACGGCUCUACCCCGACGAUCGGUUCACCAACCGCUAGGCAAGGAGGUGAUGACCGACAUCUUCUUGACGUCGACGGCCGCGCUGUCGGCGAAGAGCUCCCUCUUCAUCGCGUGGGGCCAGCUCCUCACCUACGACCUGGCCCUCACGGUGGCCAACGAGACCGAGUCCCUCGACGUGCCUUGCAACGAUGCCGACCAGAACGGGGGGAUCGACGUGUGGUGUCCCCUGGGUGCCGCCUCGGAGGAUAUUCCCUUUUCCAGAUCGGACGCCGCGGAGGGGACGGACGGCGUGCGCAGCCCUAUCAACUACGCAUCCUCGUACAUCGACCUGGACUUCGUGUACGGGAGGAGCGCGGAGGCGGCGGAGCUCCUGAGGACAAUGGAAGGUGGUUUCAUGAACGUUACGGACAGUGGAGUGCCCUUCCAGAACGAGGACGGAACGUGGCUGGUGAGUGUGGGAGAAAGGCAGGCAGCGAGGCAAAGAGAAACACUUGUGCGCUUAUGUGGUCCGUCGGUCCUGAGUUUUUUGUUAAUGCGACUGACGAGGGCAUGUAUAGCGUUUUUGGUUUUCUGCGUUGAGUGA